AUGGAUGCGUGUCACUUACUUCUUGGGAGACCUUGGCAGUUUGACCAUGAUACGGAGCACAAAGGUAAAUCAAAUGUAUAUAUUGUAACUACCAAAGAAGGUAGAAAAGUUAGAUUGUUGCCUUUACCUCCCAAAGUUGCUAAGAAAGAAAAAGAGAAAAGCAACUUCCUUGUAACUUGUAAUGAAUUUAAAAAUUUAGUGAAAGAAAUGGGGGGUGGGUAUGCUUUGGUUGUAAGGGCCAAAGAAGAAAAGGGUACUUCUUGUGAUAACUCAUCAUCCCUUAAUGAGUUAUUAGAAGAGUACAAAGAUGUUUUUCCGGAUGACAUACCAAAAGGCCUUCCACCACUUAGAGGCAUUGAGCAUGCCAUCGAUUUAAUUCUAGGGGCAUCCUUACCCAACAAGGCAGCCUAUAAAUGCAAUCCGGAAGAAAGUAAGGAACUUCAGUGUCACACCCCCAUUACAUGCUAA